AUGCGCCUCCUGCCCAGCCUGGCCGCCCGCAACCUCGUCAGCCUCGCGCCGCCCUUUCUUCUUGCGGGCCUUCAGCCCCAGCUCCCCCAGCACGUCCUCGCUGCGCGGCCGCUCUGCCUCGCCCAGCUUCUCCUUGACCACCGCGUACGCCUUGGCCACCAGCAGCAGGUUGGGGUCCAGGUCGGCGUCGUGCGCCUCCAGCAGCUCGAUGAGCGGGGCCGCCAGCGGCGCCAGCUCCCGCGUGAAGAAGGAGAAGGCGUGGCCGUCGGUCGCCAGCCGCCCUGUUCUUCCCACCCUGGAGGAGCAAGGAGAGGGGCACAGUUGGAGUCUUGGCGCAGGAAGUGCGAGGGCUCGAGAAAUCUGUGCGCGCGCAGCUAA